GAAUUUCAGUCAUAAUCCUGUGGGAUCAGGGAGGGAGCCGGUGAAGACCCGGGCGGUGGGCUCGGGCUGGCCGGGGAUCUCUUCAGGUCAAGGACAAAAGACAGCGGUUUUAAAGUUGUCAGGAAUUCUAGCAGGAGUCUCUGUUGCUUUGAGAAGCACAAUGACAGUCUCACAGCUCUAUUUGGAGAAGAGGGUGUAGAAGGUCUGCUGCCACUGCACUCUCCCGAGGUUCUCUCUGCAUUGACUGGCUUGGCGUGGACUGGCUUUUAGCACCAGUGAGACUGAGAGAUCCAGCGAGUCCUGACCUUUGCUCCUGGGGUAAUGUGAUCCUCUGCAGAGGAACUGUCUGAUCGCUGGACCCUAUUUCUCCAAAAAUCCCCCAUUCUCAGUGAGCUAAAACAACUGAAUCCUACUUUGUGCACAAAAGCAUUUAAAACACCGCGAUAUGGGAAGCUGUGGAAGCUUUCAAUGAGAAAAAUUUUGCCUAAUGAUUACAGAUAUAAGGUGUGUGGUAAAAAUGGUGCAGAAAUACCAGUCCCCAGUUCGAGUCUACAAAUACCCUUUUGAGCUCGUCAUGGCAGCCUAUGAGAAGCGCUUUCCAACAUGCCCAGAGAUCCCAGUCUUCCUGGGGAGUGAAAUCCUGCACGAAUCCAGGAGUGAGGACGGAGCCAUCCAUGUCAUUGAGCGGAGCUGCAAGCUGAAUGUGGAUGCUCCCCGGCUGCUGAAGAAGAUUGCAGGGGUAGAGUAUGUCUUCUUCAUCCAGAAGAACACUGUGAACUGGAGAGAGAGAACGCUCCGCAUCGAAGCCCACAACGAGACCUUUGCCAACCGUGUCGUGGUCAGGGAGACCUGCAGCUACUCAGUCCACCCUGAGAACGAGGAGUGGACGUGCUUUGAGCAGUCGGCCUCUCUCGACAUCAAGUCCUUUUUUGGCUUCGAAAGCACAGUGGAAAAGAUUGCCAUGAAGCAGUACACUUCCAACAUCAAACGGGGCAAGGAGGUGAUUGAGCACUACCUGAAGGAGCUGAUCUCCCAAGGGAUCACGUUCAUCCCUCGCUGGAGCCCUCCCGCGGCGAAGGAUGAGCGAGCCCCGGCUGUGGGACCGGACCCUGGUGACAUCCUGCUGGAUUCUGGGGCUGCUGGCACCAGCAGGGAGCAGGCUGAGAGCCCCUGCCCUCCCUCAGAGGCUGCCAGCCCUGACGCUGACAAACUGGACGCUGAUUACAUCGAGCGCUACCUGGGCCAGCUCACCCCGAUGCAGGAGAGCUGCCUGAUCCGCCUGCGCCAGUGGCUCCAGGAGACUCACAAGGGAAAGAUCCCCAAGGAUGAGCACAUCCUGCGGUUCCUGCGUGCCCGUGACUUCAACAUCGACAAGGCACGGGAGAUGCUGUGCCAGUCGCUGUCCUGGCGCAAGCAGUACCAGGUGGAUUUCAUCCUGCAGUCCUGGAGACCCCCGGCCCUGCUGGAGGAGUACUACACCGGGGGGUGGCACUACCAGGACAAAGAUGGGCGGCCGCUCUACAUCCUCCGCCUUGGCCAGAUGGACACCAAGGGUUUGGUGAAGGCCCUGGGAGAGGAGUCCCUGCUGCGACACGUUCUGUCCAUUAACGAGGAAGGACAGAAGAGAUGUGAGGAAAACACCAACAUCUUUGGCCGCCCCAUCACAUCCUGGACUUGCCUGGUGGACUUGGAAGGGCUCAAUAUGAGGCAUCUCUGGCGGCCUGGGGUGAAGGCCCUGCUCAGGAUCAUUGAGGUGGUGGAGGACAACUACCCCGAGACCCUGGGGAGGCUCCUGAUCGUGAGAGCACCACGGGUCUUCCCCGUGCUCUGGACCCUGGUCAGUCCCUUUAUCAAUGAGAACACACGGCAGAAGUUCCUCAUCUACAGUGGUAAUAACUACCAGGGCUCAGGAGGGCUGGUGGACUAUGUGGACAAGGACGUGAUCCCAGACUUCCUGGGAGGAGACUGCAUGUGCACUGUCCCAGAAGGGGGGCUCGUCCCCAAGUCCCUUUAUCAAACCGAGGACGAACCGGAGAACUCGGAUCACAUCCGGCUGUGGACAGAAACCAUCUACCACUCUGCAAGUGUCCUCAGAGGAGCCCCCCACGAGAUACUCGUGGAGAUCCUGGAAGGGGAAUCUGUCAUCACCUGGGACUUUGACAUACUGAAGGGAGACGUGGUUUUCAGCCUCUUUCACUCCAAACGAGCUCCUGAGCCAAGUCACAAAGAAGCUGCGUCACCAAGCCCGUCUGCUGCAGGGGACAAUGUGCAGCUCAUCGACAAGACCUGGGUGCUGGGGGUGGAUUACAGCCGGGUGGAGUCCCCUCUGGUCUGCAGGGAAGGAGAGAGCAUCCAGGGGUCCCAUAUCACACGCUGGCCUGGCUUUUACAUCCUGCAGUGGAGGAUGCACGGGCCCCUGCCCUGCUCCAGCUCCAGCCUCCCCCGUGUGGACGAUGUCCUGGCCUCCCUGCAGGGCUCCAGCCACAGGUGCAAGCUCAUCUACUACUACGAGGUGCUGGCCUCCAAGGACUUCAGGGGAUCCAUGUCGAGCCUGGAAUCUUGCAACAGCGGCUUUUCCCAGCUGAGUGGAGUCACCACAUCUUCCAGCCAGUCCCAGAGCAGCUCCCACCUUUCCAGAUAGCAGAGCCAAGGCUACAGCAGCAGGGGGAGACCCCCCGGGUCUGCUCCAGCCCCAAACCAAAGAGCUCCAGGGCUGAGCCGUGGGGCAGUCAAUUGGACACACAGAGGCCUCUGGGAGCUGCUUCAGCCACAAAAACUGAAAUUCCAAGGGCAGGUUUAGGAGGUUUGGGCCAGCUGCCUGCCUCUCAGUAGUCUCCUUCACCACCUGUGGAUUUUGGGUGCCUGUGAGUUUGCAGGAAUCCGUUCCACUCUGCUCCAAAGGGCUCUUCCCAUCGGUCCUUUUCCCGCAGAGGAGGCUGAUGUUGCCUUACCUGUUGGACCUUUAGAUAAUUCCUGGGUAGCAAAAGGAAGGGAAUUUCCUGGGUGCCCACGGGGUACUGGUUCCACACUGGACAGUCAAGUGGGCAUUCCAGGGGCAGGGAAGGAACUGCCAACACCUGGGUAUGGGUAGGACGGUUCAGAAAUCACUUCCAGGUCAAACCAAAAACCUCUUCUGGUCUGGCAGGAUGCUCUGGGAAAUGUGUUGGAUUUUUUUAACCCUGCUGAGAAACAAAGUCAAAAUGGUUUUUUUAGAAAUUCCAGGCGUUGAAUCUGCCUGCAGCAAGUGGCAUCUUCCAAACUAUUGUUUCUUUUUACUCAGGUUUACAGCAAUAAUGAGUAGGUCUGUCCCAUUCCUGAGUGAAUGGGAACUGAAUCCAGUUCUAAAGGGCUACGAAAAGCAAUAUUUGAUUUCCUGAAGGCACAAGAUUUUCUGGCAGUAUUACAGACUUGCUUCUUUUAAACAUGAGCUCACUUGAAACCUUUCAGAGAGGCAUGUAUGUAUGUAAGCACUUACUGAAGCCUAUUUAUUCUAUACUAGCUUAUUUUAAAUUGUUUUUUAACUUAUUUAUAAUGUCAGAAAUGACUAUUUAUUAAAAGUCACCUUUUUUUAAUGGGAUGAAUUUUGUUUAAGAAAGGAAUAACUGCUUGUCUUCAAUCCCAAGCAAUCUUUCUGCUUGGGUGCCGAUCUUUGGGAUCGCUGAUGUUCCUGCAAAAGGGCUGCACUGGGGUAAGGGCUGUGUCACCUUCCUUGCAAGGAAAGGUGACAGUCCAAUGCUUUUUUUGGACUGUUUUUUAGGAUUAAGAAACAGGGAUUGAGUUCAGGAGUUGUCAUGAAGAUGCACUCUCUUCCUACACACCAAAAAUGCCAUGUUUGUCCCUAAUCUGAUUGUUCCUCCAGUCAGGUUGGGGAGCAAAGUUAUCCAUGUUCUUGUCCAGGUGGCAACAGAAUGAGAACAGGUGUCAAAUACUCACCAGGUUUUUAUUCAGGAAUCUGUGAAGUUGUUCCUUCCCACCCUGCUUUUUUUAUCACUGGUUUUGAAGCACCAGGCUCUGCCAAAGGAGGAAAGAGCCAAAAUAUUUGGGACAAUGGGAGGCAAAACUUGAUACGGUUUUGAGUUGUUUGGUGGGGUUUUUUAAGGAUUGGAGCCAAGGGAAUCACUCUCCACCUUGCAUCUCUCCCUGUGAACAGGUAACUUGGUUAUGUAGAGCUCAGGGAAGUUCUGAUUCCCAGUUCUCAGUUGUUCCAUAGACUUGAAUGUUUCUCCCAGACAAAUGAAACUUCUGUCUCUGGCAUUUCAGCGUAACUGGAGUCUGAUAAAGAGGGACAAAUACCACCUUUCCUCUGGAAGGUCAGGAAUUCUGGAAGCAAAAGUGCAUGUGUGUAUCCCUCAUGGAAAAUCCUUGACCCACAAUAAAAUCUGAUUCUAGAAACAGUUUCAGACUCCCAAAGCCCCAGGAGCAAACCCAGCCCUGUCCCCCCUGUGCUGUUUCAGGAUUUUACCUUCCUUUCUCUCGUGGUUGCUCACGUCCUACAGUGGCAACAUUCCUGUUCCCUGGGUUUGCUCUGGGUAAGAAUCUCUUCCUUUGCCUUGGACUUUUUUUUAGAUUUUAUUUUAAAAUGUGGGACAUGUUUUUUUCUGCCCAUCAGAAGUUUUGGGUGUUUAACUUUUGUCAGGGAAGCACCUGGAAUUUGGCCUCUGGCAGGUCUCUGAAGGGUGAGGUGAAGGGCUGCUUCCACAGAGUGUUCCUGGCUCUGGGGAUAUCCCAAUCCCAGUUUUUCCCCUUGUUCCCUGGCAGUACCACUCCUCUGCCCAUAAGAGAUUGUGGCACAGGUCUGUGAAGCAGCUUGUGACCUCUCCUUGGCAGGGCUGCCUGGGUUAUUCCACCUGACAAUUUACUUUGAAACCAAUUUAAAUAAUCCAAUCUUUUUUCCCUUUUUCUCCUGAAUGUUAACAGGAGAAAGGGAGCAACACCUUUUUAAACCUGACCUUGUGAACUGCAGAGACCAGAGACACAGAAUUCUUCUACAUCACCUUUUUCCCCCUCAAAUGACAUCAGUGUGCUUUAGAAAACAAACCCACAGUUUUCUUCACAGUGAGCUGAGUCUGGGAGGGGUUCUGGAUCCUCUAAAAUCUCCUAAGCCAGAGCCUUGGGAAAUGGCCUCAUUUUGGGUGCUGACAGUGAUGCAGCAAAGCCCUCCCUGCUCCCUCCCCAGCAGCUGCUCUGCAGCGAGGCCAAGGAGCUCGGGCUGUGUGCAGGGAACGAGCUGCUCCUGAAGAACCGGCUCCCAGGAGCUCGGGGCUCUCCCCGUUCCAGAUACUCCGUAUGCAAACACAACUCCUACCUCAGAGCCGGUGCCACGUCUCACGGCUGGGAGGGGAAUGCUGUGCCACAGUUCAGUUAAAUGUGGCCAGACGGGAAACCUUCAUUCUCAGCAAGCUCUCCAGGUUUGCCCCAGUCCCUGGGGCCCGUCCCAGGGCUGGGAAGGGCAAACACGGGGCGUGAGGAUGGAUGUCGGAUGGCCUCAGCCGUCGUUCAGGGCACAGUCCUGAGCCAAUUUUUGCUGCCUCUCCGGUGUGAAAAGGGCUUUUCCCCGCUGAAGGAGAGAGAAGGGCUGAGCCCCCGGGGCACCGGGCCGGCUGCAGCUCGGCAGGAGCAGCAGCAGCGGGGCCGGGGCCGCGCCGUGAGCCGGCACCGGGGGCUCUCCCACGAGGCUCCUCAGCAGCUCUGCUGUUCCUCAGCUCCUGGACUCGCUGUUGGAAAGAGAAUUCCCGACUGGCACCAGGGAAUCCUGAGUGACUGAGCUGCGGCCGUGUUCCUCUGCUCAGCCAGCUCGGUUCUGGCCGCUUCCUUUCAGGAACUUCGAGUAACAAUUUCUAAUUCCAGUUUGGUUUAUUAUCUAAAGAUUUUGAAAAUGCCAUAAUCCACUUGCAAUUCCCAGGAGGAAUUGGUGAGCCCAGCUGUCCACCACACUGGGCUGAGAAGCUGCUGGGGCUGAGGCCAGCCCUGCUCCAUGCAGGGAAUCCCUCAUCUCAAAAGGCAUUUUACGAGCUCACACUGCUUUAAUAUCCCAAAUGUUUGUACUGUGAGCAAUUAAUGCAAGGUAGAGACUUAACUGACAGCAGCUGUCAAAGAUUCCUGCAUGCAAUUAGCUUUAAUAUUCCUCCAACACCUUUGUGAUGCUCCUUACAUCUGAUUAUUUCUCUCUUGGAAGGUGAAAUUGGAGUCAAGUCACGUUUGCUGGCUUUUAGUGACACCAACACCCACUUCCAAGCUUUCAGUUACACGUAAGUUAAAUGGGCAUUAAUUAAUUUUUUUAGCAAGCACUUACAUUCUCUCCCUUGCAGCUGGCUUUGGUUUUACACACUGAGAUCUCAUUUUUCUCAGCCAAAACCCCCAAACCUCCUGUAAGAGCCCACCACAGAGCGCUGUAACAACAACUGUCCUCCAGUGACCCUGUCUGUGGGUCCUGGUAGAGCUGUACUUUUGGGUAUGUUGGAAAUAAAACAUCUCUGAGAACA